UGCGCACCGCCCCGGGCCGGGCCGCCUGGGCCGAGGUGGGCGCUGGGGGCCGGGCGGCAGCCUGCCGUGCUGUUCGUUCGUCAGGGUGGGCUGUGGGGCUGCAGACUCUGUGUAGCAGCGGCUCUGCAAGGGCAUAUUUGGAUUCGUAUUUCGAUUUUUUUUUCUUUUUUUUUUUUUUUUUUUUUUGAUGCGUGGAUAUUCGCAGAACUUCAGUUCUUUGUUGUCUGUAGGCUUUACUUCAGGAUCUAACCUUGUUCUUGUGUGGGAGUGUUGCCACUAGUAGGAUGUGCAUGUGGCUGCAUAUUAAGCGCAGAGCACGAGAAUAAACGCAUGCAAAGUAGGAGCUGAUAGCAUUCACUUCAGGUGUACUGUGGCAUGUUGUCUUUAGGUACAAGUGAAUUCCAUUAGACAGACCUUUAGUACGUGAAGACUCAAACAUUCCACCCCCCCAAUUUUCCAGCAUUUUAAAUGGAAGGGCGGUGGUGGCACGCACAUACACCAGACUGGCAGCAGAGCAUGCCUUGUAAAACUGCUCUGAAGCUUACUAUGGCUGUAAAUAUUUUGUCAGAUUUCUUCAUGAAAUAUUGAGGAACUUGCGUUCUGUAGUUUUGUUUUUGCCUGAUUCGCAGAAAUGCAGCUGGCAUCUCACAGUUCUGCUGUGGUACAUCAAGGACAAGUCGUUCUACUUUAGGUGUGUUAGCAAAACAAACUGGGGCAAUUUGUAUGUAGGAGGGAAGUAGAAUGAAAUGCUUUGCUCUGUGCAGCAAGACUUUGAUUUUCAAAGAGCUCAGACUAGUUUUUCAUAGUCCUUUAUGCUGUCUGUUCUACCACAUCAAUUAGCUCACUCUCACAACUUCCAAGGUAGAUGGAAAGCUUUGCGUGGUCUUCGUCUUCUUGGGAUCCAUUCCAGCUCAACCCUUGAGGUGAGGAGGCUGCAUGGCUCUGUGAUACCAAGGCCUCUCAGCUUGCAGUGUGGGCUUCAGUCUGCCCUCUCAGGCAGUGUGCUACAGCCACAGUUCCUUUCUAUUACGUGACUUUAAAAAAACCUAUUUUUUAAUUUUUCUAAGACUCCACAGACAUUUUAUCACAGUUCACCCUUCAUUGGUAUUGCCCUUCAUUUUUUCUUUAUGACAUCUUGAACCACUUUUUGCAGUUUUUGUCUCACAGCCCUGCCAGGAUGCCACGAGCUCCCUCUUGGUUCUCUGGCUGUUUUGGCAGUUAUUCCUCAUGUGUUUGUGAUGACGACACUGCUCACGUCGCUGCUCACACCACGUGGCUGCUGGGGCUGUCAGCGCUGCCAGCACGCUGUUGCUUCACAGGGGAAGUUCUCUCUGGCAGGCCAGCAUAAUGACUUAGAAGCUACGGCUCUUGCUAUGACACUUAUGUAUUUUUAUUUCUCAAGGAUAUUCAUGGAUCUGUUGGAAAAUCCAUGUUAGGCCCUGAACGUGUCAGCCCAGAUGCUUUUCCCUCUUGGUGUAUUCAUUAUGAGGCUGGAUAUUGGCAGGAAUCCCUGAUUUUUUUUCCCUGUCAGGCACUAGCAAAACUUUUGGUAUAAAAUGCUAGCAAAAAUAUGUCAUCAAAGAACUGUUCCUUUUACCCACACGAUCCUUUUAUUUACUUGAGUCAUAAACCCAGUUUUGGGUUCUUUCUGUUCCUGUUCCAGGGCACAUCUUGUUUCUCUCCAUCAUUAAAAGCAGGUUUUUUUUUUGGUGGCAGUUAGGUUUCAGUGGUGCAUACAUGGAGGAUUGUGUAGGAGGCAGACAUGAACAUUGACGGACUAUGUUUGGCAUGGACAGAUGAAUAAAAAAGAUUAGUAAAAAUAAGAAACGCCAUGGGAUUUUCACUCUCACUUGGGAAGUUGUAUCCAGUGGUCAGAAGGCUCUGUCCAUCUGAUGUGCAAAAAGUACAUCUGUGUCUCACUCUGUGAGGACUCCAAUCUGGUGUCAGGAUUGGCGUUUGAGCUCCAGUGAUGGUGUAGGAUGUGUGAUGUGCCUUUGGGCUAGGAAUAUGGGAGAUGACACUUUGAGAAUUUCAAACGACGUUUUCCAGGGGAAGAAGUGUUGCUGCCACUACCAGUCAGCAGUUCUGGUCCUAUUACUGCUCCAGCAGGCAGCGAGGGCUUGUUUGCUGUGAAGGUUUUGGUGGCUGUCAGAAUGCACGAUGUCCUGGCGGCUGAUUGAUGGCACUGCCCAGUUGCUGAGCGUGAUGGAUGCGGUUCUCGCUGCGAUUGGGUGACGUUUGAUCUAGCAGUGAGUGAGCCAAAAUGCCACAGGUAAUGCUCUGAACAGACAUCCAAAAUAGAUCAACUUGCAGCUUGCAUCAAAACAUGUCGCAAAUGUGCUCGCAGGGAAUCUGGCAUUACUGUCCUGGCCAAGUCAGUCAUUUUACAGUUAGAAGGAAGCUUGUAAAGUGCCAUUUGCAAAUGUGCUACAGAGCAUCUUGACCUUUUGGCUUAAUCUGAUCAGCGGCCCCGUGCUUUUGUGAUAGGCUGCUGUUGGCAGCUGUGCUAUGAAAGCCCUCUGCUGAUUUUUGAAAUGCUAUAUUUAGUUCCUUUCCAGUCUAAUACAAUUUUUUUUUUUUUUUUUUGUGCUAGCAACAUAAAAUGAUAUAGUUUUAAUUGGUAAGUUUGAGCACAAAUGGUGGAGCAGUUGGCAUUUAGGAUACCUGAGAUGAAUUGAGGUCCCAGCUCAUUUGAAUUCAGGUGCUCACUGUUCAGGUAAUUCACUGUACUCGUUUCACAGUUAAUGGCCAGUUCUUCUGGGAGAGUCUUUUCCAUAUCCAAAAUAGUACCUGGAAACCAUCUGGAGACUCUUGGUUCUAUUUUAUAAGUGUGCUUAGAUAAGCUGACGGUUAUUAAGUCAUUUUUAUCUUACUGUUUACACUCCAGUAAUGCAAGUGUUAUUCUGCCAGGUAAUCAUGAAAUAGGAGGAGCGUGGUGAUAGGCGUUAUGCAGAUAAGAGCACAUAAAUACAGCAUUGCCUGGAAGAGCUGGCACAUUAAUUCUAAGAUGGGGAAAAAACAUAGAUCUUGACGGAUGGAAUGGAGCAUUGGUAUGGGAGCCAGCAGUGUCAGGCUAUUGCUGACUUGCUGGUGUGCUUCAGCUUUCUUACAAAUGCCAUAGUGAAGGUACAGCAUAAGAAAAUACACUACCAAUGCAGUGAGUUGUAGGAGUUGUGUGUGGGAGGACGUACCAACUGCUAAGUUUGGUGUGCAAGAUAAGAUAGGAAUAAGUUUUGAGGAAUAUCAGCAACGAAGUUGUUACCUCUGUUACAUAAAGGUCUUGUGGAGAGGGGUGAAUUGUUUGUUUAUUUUUUCCUAAAAGAGAAGUGAAACACUAGCCUGAUACCUUCUAUUGGUCCUAGCUCUACUGAGUUUCAGUAAAACGUAACAUUUAAAAAAUAAUAUUUAUUUUAGGAAUUAUAUCCAACUCUUUGAAGUUUCUAAAUAUGUACUUCAUUGAAAGGGCUAUGCUAAAUAUAGACUAUUUCAGGCAUACCUUACAUUAAAAAUAAUCUAGGCAUACCUGAGUUUAAGUCAACAAAUUUAGCACUGUUACCUUCUGUUGCUUGUUGGCAGUUUAUCAAAUCUGAAGCUUUUAAAAUUAGGCAGGCAGAUUGUUCUGCUGCUUUUGAAGUGUUUUGAUCUUUCUAUAAAGGUGGAAAUUAACAGUUAGAGAGAAGUGCUUUUGAUCUUCAUCAGCUUUUUGUAGGCAGACUGCCAUUACGAGUCAUUUUAAAAGUAAAAAGUAAACCAAGAACAGCAAGCAGUGAUGGUUACACUUCAAACUCUUGUGUGCUGAGCUCAAAGUGUCCGAGCGAGUUUGGCAAGAACUAGUUCUUAGAUUUGUAUGGAAGGAUUAUUUAAAUGGAAGUGAUUUGGCUCUGUCUGUAUUUAUUUUUUAUUUUUCCAUGAAACUGAAUUAUUUUUAUUUAAGAAGGCUGAGUUGGAAAGAGGCAAAUUGUGUGGAUAUUGCCAAGAUUUUAAUCCUCAGUGUUUCUAGUUCAUUUUGUGUUUACUUCCCCUCUGCCUACUUGUCUUGAAUGGAUUGUGCCUAUGAUCAAAAGAAACGUGGAGAGUUUCUUUCUUGCUUUCUUCUUAGCUAUAUUGUAUGGUUUUUUUUGAGGGGUUCUGUUUUUCUUCAGGAUUUUCACUCCUAUUAAUUAUCAGUCUUUUGUUUCACGUACACGGAAACAUGUCUGAGGAAUAAUCUGUGAAGCACCUUACAACUCUUCUAUCUCUCAGCUAAAUACAGUAAUCAAAUUCCUUGCACAAUCACUUUGGUCCUACAUUGUUGGUUGUGAUUUAAAUUGUUAGAUUCAAUUUUUUUCUUGCAAUGUUUUUAGUCCCCAAAUGUGUAGGAAGAGGUCGGGCAGUGCUGUGUAUGUACUGGGCUACUUGCAUCUCAGACACUUGCUGAAUGGCUCCCUUUUCUUAGCCCUUCAUCCCAUUUCUGUGCUAUUCAAAAGACAGACACAAGGCCUAUGUGGCCAAGUCCUGAUAUUCUGUGGCUUUUCCAAGAGCUCCAGAGUCAGUAAACAUUGCCUGAUGGAUGCCUGCCUCUCUGUGUGUGUUUGUGAAAGGUGGCUCAUCUGCUCGUCCUUGUUACCUUUUGUUCUGCCUGCUCUUACUCAAUGAAGGCAGAAGAGUCUCCAGGUUGGUUAGUGGAUUGCCAAAAUGUGCAUUGUCAGUACUUGGAUUUUAUGUCAGCAUUUGUUUCUGAUACCACAUUGAUUAUAUUUUGUCAGAAGUGCCUCCUUUCCAAUUAUUCCAGGUUUGAUGCUCUUCCUUCCUCACAUGUCCCAAAGGCCUGCUGAGAGCAGGUUCCAGCAGCGAGCUGCUCCUGUCUGUUCCAUGUCGUGUCCUCCAGCCUGUUGGCCACAGGGAUUCAGAGGUGGAAGAGUUGUGCUUGCAUUUCAGCUAGUCAGGUGCAUAACUGUUCUUUUAUGAAGAUAUCUGGGGCUUGAAAUGGACCAAUUUGAGCAUGACCAUCAUUUGGGUGAAAUCUGUGGUUUGGGCAGUCUUAUACAAUCUGUCCAAACAGUUAAAAGAAAUUCUCAAGCUGAAACAAAGCAGUAGAUAGUUACAUCAAUGUUGAAUAACCUAAGCACAAUUGUGUUCCUUUAGGGAGGACAUCUUCUUGUCUUCGUUAUUGGCUCUUCACAUAAUGUAGUGUAAAAUCAGUUUUCUGACAGCAGCUGGAUCAGCCUUACUGUCUGAUGAACGUCACAAUGAACCUUGUGCUUGGUUAAGCCACACUGCAACAAGUGAUGGUGUGCAGUUUCACGUGAAGCUUGUUUGAAUAUUAGACGAUGACAAGGUAGAAAUACACACUUGAAGUUGCUUGUCUUGAAAGCACCUUUCUCUGUUCUGUGACAUCAUGUGUUGAUGUACAUCAGGGAUUUUAAAUUUACUCAAAUGUAAGUAUUCAAGAACUGGAAUAGUCAGAUCUUUCUUACUGCGUGAGCACAAACUGCAAAUCUGCCAAGUCAGCAACCUGAAUUUAGUAGCACUGCUUACUUGAAUGUCUGAGCAUUUAAAGCUUUAUAUUGUUAGGUACAGAAAAUUCAGAGUUCUAUCAUUUAAGGUCUUGAUGGCGUAAAUUAAUUGCUGUUAUAUAUUAUAUAUUGCUGUUAUAUAUUAUGGCCAAUUACAAAAAAAAAAAAAAGAAAAAAGAAAAAAGAAAGAAAGAAAGAAAAAGAAAAAAAUGUGUGUUUUAACAGGCUGAAGAGAUGUGAAGUUACCCGUGCAAGGAAGCAGAGAACAGAGGUUAUUCUUACUCCACAGAAUCCCAAUUCUUCCAAAAUACUUCUGUAAUUGGUAGUGAGAUGUUUCUGCAGGAGAUGUCCCAGUUUGUAGGAAGCCUGAAAGAGUAGCUCUAAGGCAUACUUUGCCUACUUCACCCCAAUGAGUGCUGCUUGCAUGCUAACAGUGGUGAGUUCCAGUGGCUUUCAGUGUUGCAGAAGUAUAGAGAAGAUUUAAAAACUUGAUUAGACAGUGGCAAACGUAUCUAGUAGAUCUAUAAUGAGAUUGUAUCUUUUGCUGUCCCUAAAUGUAAAGUGUUGCAGAGGUUUAUUACACGUCAGUGUGGCAGCACAGCUAAAAAAUGUUUGGUAUUGGUGGACCAAGUGACUUUAUUAACCUGUAUGUGGUACCACAACAAGAUGUCAUUGCUUUUCCAAGCAGAAUGCCUCACAGAUUUGCUGUGUUUGAGUAUUUGACCGUCUCACAUUGGUAUGCUUUUGUAUCUCAAAACAUACAUUUAUUUGUUUUUAUGAAGCACGUCAUUAAAAGAUGAAAUGAAACCUGCAAAUGAAACUACAGAAGCUGUGUGAUGCACUGCUGUGCUGACUCAGUGAAUUAAGAUUUGGAUUUUGAUUAAGCAGCUAGUGCACUGAAAUCUCCGAUGAAUUUAUUAGUUUUUAACUCUCUUAUUAAAUUCAGUGAGUGUUCAUUUGUGUGGAUUCUCUGAUGUUUAACAAGGGGGUCAGCUCACAUUGUAGUUGGUCCACACUUACAGUUGAUGACAGUUUUGUAAGAAUUGGAAGACAUUUGUCUUUUAUUAAACCAUCUGAAAUUGCUCAGAAUGUUUUCAGGAGCAUGCACAGGUAAAUGAUGACAGAAGCCUUUCUUACAGGAGGUUUGUUAUGGAAGAGGUAUUAAGGAAGGAAGCUUUUCUGAUAAGAAGUGGCUGGAACUCUGUAGUAGUUUAAAAUGGCAAAAUAAAUAAAUCUCAGUAUCUCAGAUAUUUAACAUUGCUGCCUGGAAACGCAUGUCCCCUUUGCUACAGAUACAGUUUAUAACAUUGUGUAAUAUAACUGAUCUUACAGCAUUCCUUAGAGUUCAUUCCUGACACAUUCAUAUUUUUUUAUUACAAAGUAGGUGACAUUAGUCAAAGUCUAAAACUAUGUUCCUGAGGCUUGAAUACAUGACGUGUUCACAUGCUAAUAGAGUUUAAACUUAACGAUAUAUUUAGACAAUAGGUAAUCCCUUUUUAUCCUUCCUAGUAAGUAACAGAUGCGGGUGAAAGAUCCAUCAAGAGCUAACCCUGAGAAGACGAAGAGAAGCAAAAGGCCUAAUAGGCCACAAGAUGAAGACUCUUCAGAUGAUAUUGCAGGCUUAACCUGCCAGCACGUGAGCCAAGCAGUGGAUGUACAUCAUGUGAAGAGAGCAGUAGCUCAGAGCAUUUGGUCAAUAUGCUCAGAGUGUCUGAAGGAAAGGCGGAUGAGUGAUGGUGAGCCUGUGGCACCUUCAGACAUAUGGCUGUGUCUCAAGUGUGGCUCUCAGGGAUGCAGUAAGAACUCAGAAGGACAGCAUUCUUUAAAACACUUUCAAACGGCACGCACAGAACCUCAUUGCAUUGUUAUCAGUCUCAGUACGUGGAUCAUAUGGUGUUAUGAAUGUGAUGAAGAGCUGUCGACACAUUGCAACAAAAAGGCUUUGGCUCAGAUAGUUGACUUUCUUCAGAAACAUGGUUCCAGAGCUGAACCAAGUUCAUCAAAAAUCAUACGACUCCGUGAUGAAAGCAGUGAAACCAGUGAAAUUCUGAAAGGGAAAAGUUCUGGUAAUGGUACAUCAGUUCCAGUUAAAGGAAUAAAUAAUUUAGGAAAUACGUGCUUUUUUAAUGCUGUCAUGCAGAAUUUGGCACAGACUCACAUACUAAAUGAACUGAUGUAUGAGAUGAAGGAAAAAGGAACAAAGUUAAAAAUCUGUCAUACUUCAGACUCCCAGUUGGAUCCUUUGGUUGUAAACCUCUCCAGUCCAGGACCCUUGACUUCAGCGAUGUUCUUGUUCCUUCACAGCAUGAGAGAGGCUGGAAGAGGUCCUCUUUCUCCCAAAGUAUUGUUCAGCCAGCUUUGUCAGAAGGCUCCUCGAUUUAAGGGAUUCCAGCAGCAGGACAGCCAAGAGCUUCUGCACUAUUUGCUGGAUGCAAUGAGGAUUGAAGAAACAAAGCGUAUACAAACUGGUAUCUUAAAAGCAUUUAAUAAUCCAACAACUAAGACAGCAGAUGAAGAAACUAGAAGAAAAGUCAAAGCAUAUGGAAGAGAGGGUGUGAAGAUGAACUUCAUAGAUAGGAUCUUUGUUGGUGAAUUGACUAGCACUGUCAUGUGUGAGGAAUGUGAAAAUAUUUCAACAGUAAAAGAACCUUUCAUUGAUCUUUCACUUCCUAUAAUAGAGGAGAGGGUUGCAAAACCUGUGCCUUUGGGAAGGACAAAUAAAAGUAAAAGUGUGCAUGAAGCAGAUCUUGGACAAUAUUCGUGUUCUUCCAUCAGUACACUGAAUAAUCAGCCCAAAAUUGUCAAGAAACAUGCUUCAACAAAAGAUAAGAAUCAGUUGAACCAGGAGAGAAGGCUUGCCAGAAAAGCUUCCUCUAAUGAAGAAGAAAGAAGCCCUGUUAUUAUUCAGGAAAGAUCCAAAAAGCCAGAGCUAGAAGAUAGCUCUAGUGUGCUGUACUCCAAAGACACAACUGUGGAAUCUGCCAUGAAUGGGAGUCAGACAGAGGGCAGCGAGAAGGAAGCCAGCCGUUCUGAAAGCAGCUUUGAUGCAGACAGUGAAGCCUCUGAAAGUGAAAGUGCUUCUAAGCAAACAGCUUUUAGCUCAUGCAGCAACACAUCUGCUUUGCAUGUCAACCACGUCAGUGUUAAAAUGCCACACACCAAACCAAGUGACAGUAACGAAGAGAAGAUUUCCAGUGCCAUAUCCAAGCUCAGUUUCUGUGAUACUAUAAACGAAGAUGAAAAGUCAAGCUUUGGUGAUCCAGGUUUAUCAAAUAAUUCCAUGUUCUCAGCAGACAAGUCCUUAUUGUCCUCAAACCCUCAAAAUGCUUUUCAGACGCUUUCCCAGAGCUAUAUAACUAGCUCCAAGGAGUGUUCUGUCCAGUCCUGCCUUUACCAAUUUACCUCUGUAGAGCUGUUAAUGGGGAACAACAAGCUUUUGUGUGAGAGCUGCACAGAAAGGAAACAGAAGUAUCAGAAGAAAUCCAACUCCUCAGAAAAGAAAAUGGAAGGUGUCUACACGAAUGCUCGGAAACAGCUACUGAUUUCUUCAGUUCCUGCUAUUCUUAUUCUCCAUCUGAAAAGAUUCCACCAGGCUGGUUUGAGUCUACGGAAAGUAAAUAGGCACGUGGAUUUCCCACUGAUUUUAGACCUAGCACCAUUUUGUUCUGCUUCUUGUAAGAACGUUACAGAUGGUGCAAGAGUGCUGUACAGCCUUUAUGGAAUAGUGGAGCACAGUGGGUCAAUGAGGGGUGGUCAUUAUGCGGCUUAUGUGAAAGUCAGAACACCCUCCAAGAAAUUACUCGAACAUAUUUCCUCCACAAAAAACGUUCUAGGUUUAAAAGAAGCCAUGGGAGCAUCAGCAGGACAGUGGGUGUAUGUUAGCGAUGCCCACGUUCAGAUGGUUCCAGAAUCACGAGUACUAAAUGCACAAGCAUAUCUGCUUUUUUAUGAAAGAUUACUGAUAUAAUUCUCAACAGUUUAAUUAAAAAAAAAAAGUAGUGGUUAUUUAGUUUCUCUUAUUUAAAGCUGCAGUAGAAAGAGUACCUGUAAAUACUGUGCCUUUAUCUUGCAGAGAAUUUACCAUAUGUUGACUCUGAAAUUCAGUCAAGGUAUUUUAAAUAUCUGAAUGGUUCCUUUAAAAUAUGCACUUUGUCACACAUUUUAAUUUUACAGUUAGAAUGUAAGAUGAUGUUCUAUCCUAGUGAGGUCAGUGGAAACUUUCGUUGUUGAUUUUAAUGAAGAUAAGCUUUCACCCAUAGUUCUAGAACAGGUGAGAAUAAAAAUGCUGAUAGUGUUAAGUGCCUGGAUUUGCUGCUGUACAGUAACAAUAUAAAGUACUUGAACUGCUUUUCAAUUGAGUCUUUAUCCUUCCCAUCCCUGGGUUGGAUGUCUGCUGUUAGGAUUUCUGCAAACAUGUACAGGUCAAAGCAUGUAGCCUGCAGAUGUAGUAAUUUGGAAAGCAGCAUUUCCAGAACAGAACAACAACAGAUGUCUCUGGAUAAUGCUGCAGUGCACUUUCCCAAUAUGUUGUUGGAAAUAGGUUGGGAAAGUAUUAAAAUAUUGCUUCUGCAAUGUGACAGUGUAGAUAGUUAACACCUGUUCAGCUGUCUCCAACAAGUGCUGGUAUAGCUGUAUACUCCUGUUUUAAUGUAAAUAUAUACUGUGGUGUGCAUGUAUAUAUUCUCUAAGAUAAAUAUAUGCAUAUAUAUAUGCACACCAUAAAUCCAUCAAUAUAUGUUGUCAUUUUACCUAUUAGGAUAGGAAGGAAUUGCAAAUACUUCUGUAUUUAGUAAAUUUUCAAAUUCAUGAUUGUGACAGAUGUACAGCAUAUGAUGAGCUUGUGUAUGAAUAUGUAUGGAGUUUAAGUGUAACUGGAUAAUUCUGUUACUUUUGGUUCCAAACAUUAAUUUGUUUAUCUGUUCCUGAAUAUUUUUCUCAUGGGGAGUAAUAAACUAUAAAUUAUU